GCUCGCUCGAACAAAAACAAAGUGUUGUUGCAUGUAAAAAUGAUCGAUGGUUGCAUGGUCUGGCCGUCCUGUGAGAUAACGAAUGAAAACACUUGUUGUCUAUGAAAACUUUCCAACCCCUGCCCCCACGGCUCUCUCUUCUCGAAUCACUGUAAAAAUAGUUCAAACUCCAAGCUUUGCACCGAGGUGGCAAAGUUAAAAGUCUGUCUCUACUGAGAAGAAAACAGCUCUGUCUGACACCGCAACAACUUCGGUGUUUUCAACAACUCUAACAAGAUGACGUCUUUCUACGCAGCUUUCAAUGGUCCCGAGGGGGGUAUGGAAGGGAAAAAGUUUCGAAGCUUGCUUUUGCAUGUGAUAGCUUGCUUGCUUUUGCAUGUGAUAGUAGGUUAGGUACGACGAAACAGAGAUGAAAGCUAUACUUGGACAUUGCAUGACUCACGUGCACGUCUUGAUGAUUUUCAUUUUUACAUUAAUAAGUUUGUGAGUUGUGCUGUAGCAGAAUUGGCAUGCAAAAAAUAAAUUUUUCCCUCCACACCCGAGACCAUGAACAAUGCCAACGGGCAGCAAAACUCCACGCGUAAUCGUUCGGGGUCCAUGGAUAUGCAUUGCAAAUAUGUCUGGGUCUGGAAGGAUGUAGCUUGUGAUGCGCAUUGCACAACACACACAAAUCUCUCAUGCGUAGGCAGCAAAAGAUGCCCAUUUACUGUCACCAAAAUAGAGGACUUGUGAUGCGGAUUAGGCAUUGCGGAGUCUUCGUGAAAUCUGUGAUGGUGUCAUGCAAAAACAGGAGCACGACAUUCUAUUCUUCCAGACCCAGACAUAUUUGCAAUUCAUAAUGGACCUGAUCGGUUCUUACACGGCCGGGAAUGGUGGAAACAACAUGAACACGCUGAACAACCCGAUUCCGGGAAUGCAGAUGAACAUGCCGGGCGUCGGGGACUUGAACUCCUGCACUUCCAACGGCCACCAGAUGAGCAACCAGCUGAACUCGUGGAACAACGGAAAUACGGAUGGCAACACGUCGCAGAACAACUUCACGAGCAACAACAAACUCGGGAACAACGCCCGCGCGGGUGGCAACAACGGAAUGGUCGCCGGGCAGAAGCCCAACUGGGGCGGGAAUGGAAAUGUAGCUUUGUUUAAAUUCUACUUCUGUACAUGAUCGGUUUAUCUUGCAUGAAACCUCUAUUCAUGCAGAAGAGUAAUGAGUGAAACACCGUGAGAUCACGACUCAUGGCCCUGGGAGAAUCAGUAUCUGUUGUGACUUUUGCAACCUGAAAAUCAAUUUAUGCAUGAAAGGAAACUACUAACUUCCGAAAAAAUAAAAUCCUGUUACUGCAAAUCAAUUCUAUGCUCACAGCAAGCGCUUUCGGCGCAGCAGCAACAGGCGAACACCCAGCGCUCCAUCCGGAAUGGCGAGAAUCGCGAACUGCAGGCGAGACUGCGUAUGCUGGAUCUGAUAUGAGCAUGCACAACUCCCCCCUCCUCCUCCUCAAUUCUAGGGCAUGAACAGCAAGACAAGCGUCGGCAAGAAUGCAGGAUUCGCACGACAAAUAUUUUUUCACGCAAGAUUGUAGUGCUGUCUGGAACGAUACGCGGCCAGAACCUGUCAUGCGAAACAAAGAGAAAGAGAAAGACUGGACUUGGUAUUUUGCAUGACAAAUUUUUAGGAAGGGGAAGUGGUGCACUCUCAUACCUGAACGGGCUGCAACAGGAGGUGCGGGAACUUCUGCACACGAUCAGCACAAAGCAGGCAUAUCCUGUGCAAAAGUAUCGGACUCGUUUCAAUUGCAGGCAUGCAUGACAAAUCUCCCUGCCAAGGUAAAACAGCAUGACAAAUUUUCAAUGUUGCAUGCAGGGAAAAUUUGUAAUGCAAUUCAGACUCGUGCGAUACUUUUGCACAGGAUAGGGCGCAGCUCCAAGCGAUUUUUGCCGUGUGCUUACCCUUAUCGACGGCAAAUAUGAUUUUGUCUGGCUCUGGAAAAAAAAAAUGCAUGUUGCUGAGUGUUGCAUAUGCAUGUUGAGAUCAGUAAGUUCUACUUCUGUAUACCAUGAGCGCAUAGAUCAUAAGGUUGACUGUCGUAGGCUUUUGGCGAUUCCGUUCGUAUGACAAACUACCUCGUUCUUUCGCAUGACAAAAAAAAGCGUUCUAUGUUUUCCUGCAUUACAGAUUUGGUUCUCUCGUGCUGAUUUCGCAUCACAGAUGACAUAUUUGCAACGCAUACGGCUACUCACAGCUGCUGCUCGAAGUGUUGGACAAAGUGGAUUCCUGCUUUUUCGAAGUCUGCCAGGACGCACAAGGUGCGUUUUGUUGUUCUGUUCUGUAUCACAAAAACCUGCUUGCAUGGAACAUCCGCAUGACAAAAGACUGUAUUUUUAGUAGCCACAGGCGGUCUUGCACGAUCGACGUGCAUGGGCUCCUGCAUGACAAACAUUCGCAUUUGCUCCGCAUUGCUUUGAACAAGGCAGAAGAUGAGGCUUCUGUGGUCUACCAGCACGACGUGCUAGUUGUAGAGGAUCGGGUGGUUAUUUUUUGCAAAAUUUUUUAUUUACAUUCACAUUCGCCAGGUGCCACCGCGUUGCAAACGCUGAUUGGCGAGACCCAGCUGGGCGUCCAGUGCAAGCUGCGUAUCGCGGGCUGCUUCAACUGCGAUCGCGUGCUCACGUUGAGCCAGUGCGCCCACGGCUCCCACGUGAUCCGGAAGCUGCUCUCGUCCUGGUUGCCGGAAGAGGCCUCGUUUCUGUUCCCGCUCAUGCGCGCGAACCUGAACGCAAUCGCCUGCUCCAAGUACGGAACGGUGGUGCUGCAGCGAUUGGUGGACGCUUUGGUGGCGGAAGACAUGGUAUCAAAAAAUCUGUUCUAUCGCCUGUCCUGCCCCACUGUGCAUGAUAAUUUCUUUGCAUUAUUUUCUGUGUUUGACGCUUGCAUGACGACGACAGCUUCCUGUGUCUUCUACCGGGGUUUCGUUGGAUUCAUCGGCAUGCUGACAUCGGUAUUUAGUACUGAGACAAUUUCUGAUUCUGUUGCGAAAAUUUGCAUGGCGGAGAAAAUCCAAUAAGGAGACCUUUUUAUCUAAUACUGAAAAAAAAACAGAUCGAGGCUUUGCUUAUCGAGAUGAUCGGCCACGCGGCGACGCUGGCCCAGGAUCCGUUUGGCAACUAUCUGCUCCAGUACGUGAUGUCUUCGAAACACCUGUACAAGUUCCAAGACCGUGACGUCUUCAUCCAGGCCGUGCUGAACGCGCUGCAGGAGGAAGUUUCGCUGGAAACGCUGUGAUAUCAAAUGCAAACAUGUCUGGAUCUGGAAGGUUGCGAGAGGACUUCUCAUGCUGUUCUGGCAUGACCCUUAGCUCUGUAUUGCGGGGCCACAAACAGCCUCUCUCGUCUGUCAUGCAAAAACGCAGUUUCCCAUGCGGAAUACGUAGCACAGAAGCUGCACAAAAAAACUUCUCAUGCUUGGCGGCGCAUUGCAGUGCAUUUGCUAUUGACUGACUUGCAUCACAAGUUUCCAGACCCAGACAUAUUUGCAAUGCAUAUGUGCUGCCAGAAGUUUGCCUCUAACGUGAUCGAGCACGCGCUCUGCAUAUCCUGUGCAAAAGUAUCGUAUUCGUAUAAAUGCAAGUCUUGCAUUACAAAUCUUUUUGUCAAGGUAAAUUCGCAUCACAAAUUUUGACUCUCAUGCUGAGGGAAUUUGUCAUGCAUUUACUAUACGAGUGCGAUACUUUUGCAGUUCAUACUGCACCGCCGGCGACCGCGUCCGCGAACUCUUUUACGAGGAGGUAUGGAUUGCAAAUCCUAUAUCUGGGUGUGGAAGGAUGCAGUUUGUCAUGCUAAAUCUAGAUCAUGCAAAAAUCUGUGUUGCGUGAUUCUGAAUACCGAAAGCUGACCACUGUUGACCAAGUUGAGAGGGAGUUUCUCAUGCUAGGUCCUGCAUUCCAGACCUCGUGGGUCAUGUUAAACCUGCAUGACAAGCCUCGUAAUCUUCCAGCCCCAGACAUAUUUGCAAUGCAUACAAGGGUUGCACCUACGAUUUUCUGAACCGCGUGAUCCGGGUAUGAGAGUGCACAACUUCCCCUCGUUCUCAUUUCUCAUGCAAAAUACCUAAUGUACGCAUUGCCUCCUCCUGUCACUAUUAUGCAUGACAAGUUCUGCCAGCUCAAAGAGCACUACACUCCUGUCCAAAUUUGUCAUGCAAAACCUGUAUCCUUGCCGACGGUUGUAUUGCUGUUCAUGCAACACAAAUGAGGGGGAGGGGGAGUUGUGCGCUUCCAUACCGGGAUCGUUUCGGGAACUACAUCGUGCAACGCGUCCUGGAGCUGAGCAACAACUCGAACAACUCGACCUUCAACGGCCAUCAAAACAGCUCCGGGCUGAGCCAGGCUUUUCACCAAAACAUGACCAUGAGCAUGAUGGGCCAGCAGUCAGGUGGUCACAAUUCGAGUUCGAAUCAGCUGUUGGCGGCGGCCGGGCAGUUGGCGGGGUUUUCUGCUAACCAGAUGUACAAUGCGUCGAACCAGCAGCAGAGCACGUACAACAGCUGCAACCAGUUGCCGAUGCAGCUGCCGUCCAAUUGUUCCUCCAACACGACGAAUCACUCCAACCCCAUGGCCGGCUCCGGGCAGAGUCCGGGCAGCGCGACCCAGCAAGCGGGGGGAAACAUGCCCAACUGCGCGCCGGGCUUCCAGCUGCCCUCCGCCAUGCAGUCCCCGCUCGGCGGCAACGCGGGCGGCAUGGCCAAUCAUCAUGGGGGCAACAGCGGCACCAGCUGUCAGCAGCAGACGCAGACCGUGGGGACACUGGGCGCGAGCUUCUCCGGGGGCACCUUCCAGUACCCGAGCAACUUCGGGUCCACCACGACGGGAACCUCGUCGCCGCUGGACAAUGCCGGGUCUUCGUCAGGCGUGGGGUGCAACAACACCAACUCGCAGUCUACGUACCAGAUGUAUCCCCAGAAAAAACUACUGUCUCAGAAGUCUCAAACCAUUACAGGACACUCAGCAACACAACUUCGAUCAGCAUGACACUCAAAUAUUAAACCUGUGAUGCGCCAGACACAGCACGACGAGAAUGCACAUUAUGAAAGACGCCUUUCAUCUUGCAUGAGGAGCAUGACAAACAACUGUCUCAAGGGAUGUCCGCAUUACAAAGUUGAGAUUGAGAAAGUUUUUUUGCGCGAUAAGAUGAGUUUGCCCUCGACGAGCUCCAACACGACCUCUCUGUCCUCGAACACGACCUCCGUUUCUGGCAACGGGGCCGCCGUAUCACACAGAAAAAAGCAGGCAGGUCACAUUUGUAAUUCAAAAAUAAAUACACAAAAAUCUGUAUUGCGCAUCCCAAACAGCAUGCUAUGGGGCCGUCCAUGACAGAUUUUUAUGUGUCUUUAUUGUUGCAUUACAAGUAUUCCCUGCCUGCUUUUUUCUCUGGGACACGCCGGAAACCAGAUGUCCGGUUGCGCGGCUGGAGCCAACGCGAUGGGGGGUGCAACCGGUGCAGCCGGGCAGACCUUCGGUGAACCGGUGUCGGCUAUCCUGAGUAAAAACGUCCCCACACCAGAGUCAAGUUGGGACGAACUUAGCAACACAAAUCCAGGAGUUUUGGGAGCCACGCAUGACAAGCUGCAGUCCGUAGAAGUGUUGUGCAGGUUAGCAAGGCCAGCGGCAUCAGAAAUCCAUCUGCUUAUCCUAUUUACAGCAUUACAAAUGUUUCCAAAACACGACUAGAAAUGCCCCUCGUGGCGAUGCGCAUUACAAGCGUUCCUGUCAUUGCAAAUCUGCAUGACAAGGACGUUUUUACAAAGGAUAUCGGCCAAGGUGUGGCGGAACGUGGCGCUGAUUCUGACCCAGGACUUCACCAUCCCGGUGCGGCCGUAUGACGGUGCACAACUCCCCCUCCCCCUCCUUUGUCAUGCAAAAUCCCAAAUCGAGGCUCUGCCUCCUGGCACUGUUUGCAUGACAAGUUCAUCCGGUUGCCCAAAUACCACUACACCCCAGUGUAAAUUUGUCAUGCAAAACCGGUGUCAUGCAAAAGCAAAACCGGCAUAAUUCUUGCUGAUGCUCGUAUAGCCGUUCCCGCUAUACAAAUAUGGGCGAGGGGGAGUUGUGCACUGUGAUAGGCCGAAGCUGUUGCGGAAGUUUUUCCCGCACUUGCAGCAGCAACUGAACGCGAACUCGAACGCGAACGGGACGUCGACCAAUGGUACGAUGGGGAACAAGUUCGAGCAGUGCGGCAGCAUGAGCAGUAUGGGCGGUAACAACUGCAUGACCAGUGCCGCGGUCGGGUUUGGCAGUGCGGCUGCUGCGACGGCAAUAUGGAUUGCAAAAAUGUCUGGGUCUGGAAGAGUCAUGUUGCUUUUGCAUGACACAGAAGGUCUGGCAUGGAAGCUCUAGCAUCACAGGUUUCGAGAAGCUCUCGCGAUGCCGAAUCCGCAUGACAGAUGCCCCAUUUUGGUGCCGGAAAGUGGGCAACUUUUGCUGCCUAUGCAUGAGAGAUUUUUAUUUGUUGUGAAAUGCGCAUCACAAGUUUGCACUCUUCCAGACCCAGAGAUAUUUGCAAUGCAUAGGCAACGCCCAUUUACAACUGA